UCUAGGGUUUUAGGUUCUUUGGUCGUGUGUUGUUGUAUACUAUAAUAGCAGAAUCGUGAGUAACAGCAGAGCAGAACACCGAUAAAUCGCUAUGACUGCUCAGACCCAAGAGGAGCUUCUUGCGGCCGACCUUGAGCAACAAAAGAUCCAUGAUGAUGAGCCUGUAGUUGAGGAUGAUGAUGAGGAUGACGAAGAUGACGACGAUGAGGAUGACGACAAUGUUGAAGAAGGUGAUGCAUCUGGUAGGUCCAAGCAGACCAGAAGCGAAAAGAAGAGUCGCAAGGCAAUGCUCAAACUUGGAAUGAAACCUGUCACAGGUGUCAGUCGUGUGACUGUUAAGAAGAGCAAAAAUAUCCUGUUUGUUAUAUCAAAACCAGAUGUUUUCAAGAGCCCGACUUCUGACACAUACAUUAUAUUCGGCGAAGCCAAGAUUGAAGACUUGAGCUCACAGCUACAAACUCAGGCAGCAGAGCAAUUCAAGGCUCCUAAUGUGAGCAAUGAUGGAUCGAAGCCUGAAACCUCUGCUGCUGCUGCUCAAGACGACGAGGAUGUCGACGAGACUGGUGUAGAUCCCAAGGAUAUAGAGCUGGUGAUGACUCAAGCUGGUGUGUUGAGAUCAAGAGCUGUUAAGGCUCUCAAAGCUGCCAAUGGCGACAUUGUUGCUGCCAUUAUGGAGCUAACUAAUUGAUGAUGGUCAGAUUUGGGAUAAUUUUAGAAUUUGCAAUGUGGAGCUAUUUUUCUGUUAGUCAAAAUUUUUGCUCUCCUUUGGUUUGAAAAGUGGUUUGCUAAUUGUAUCUUUGCUUCAUUCUAUUUUCUGUGUAAUUGUCUGCAUAGAAAGAAAAGACUGUAGACUCAUUCUCUACAAUUGUAUGUUCACUGCCAAGAAUGACAAUCAUAAUUAGUAUUCCUAUUGGUUAGUAGAGUUUAAGCUUAUGGUACUUCAUUGUAUGGCAUAUAAACAAGUGUGAGGUGUUCCUUCUGCACCGUGAGCACAAUGACCAAAGUCACCAAACACAAUCUAGAAUGA